AUGCCUUUUAGUGGGUCUUUGCGUUUGCAAGCGUACUGGAUGAAUCUGAGAAGGUACGUCAAAGAGAAGAAAAUCGGAUCCGGAACUUACGGCGUUGUGUACAAAGUUCGCGACAAGCGAGACAGUCUCGUUUAUGCCAUUAAGAAAAUAACUCUGGAGAGGGUACAGAGCCUAUUCCUUGUUCAUUGGGAAUAUGAAUGUAGAGUCCAUGAGAUAAUCCACCGCAACCGUCAAAUUUCAAUCGUCUAUGAGUAUGCAGAAUGGGACCUUAAGCGUUUCAUGGAGGAAAACAACUUCAAGAAAACUUCGGAAUACUCUUUGUCACAUGCAGGAUUGCCUAUGAGCCUUGUGACGGUAGGAUAUCUUUCCCUUUUACUUUCCCAGUCAUUUGGAAGGCAGCUUUUGAACGCCCUACACUUUUGCCAUCAACUCAAAGUUUUUCAUCGUGAUUUGAAACCUUCGAAUCUUUUGCUAACAAGAGAGGGAUUCCUCAAACUAGCUGACUUCGGUUUAUCCCGGACAUACUCUAUGUCAAAUCGAACCUACUGUCAUGAGGUUGUGACACUAUGGUAUCGAGCUCCGGAGUUAAUGCUGGGGGCAAAACAGUACGACGAAUCAAUUGAUACAUGGAGUUUCGGCUGUAUAUUGUACGAAAUGAUAACAGGUGAAGUGCUAUUUCCCGGAGACUCCGAAAUAGACGAGUUAUUUCUGGUAUUCCGGAUGUUCGGUACACCAACAGAGCAAACAUGGAAGGGAGUUUCCAAGAUGCCGGACUACAAAGAAGUAUUCCCGAAAUUUAAAGCAACCGGGUUUCAAAAGUGCCGAAUCCCACCAGACGCCAAGAUUAUGUUGCAGGUGAAAGUGUAG